GGGAAAGAUAGGGACGUAUUAUCUAUGUAACAAAUUCUUCGCUGUGGACACAUUUUUAUAUCUACAUACUACGUUUUUCCUACACACAACGACAACGUGGGCCGCCCUUCGUUGUGUGUUACAGUCCCACCAACGUGUCGCGUGACGAUUAGGAAUAGGGGCGGCGACGUUAAAAGAACAUUCGUCCCUGUAAAGUUUACAUUGUUUUAAAGUUGGAUUACGUUACAGAAACGGUGUGAUAUUGACAGAAAAUAUCGACUUUUCAUUAUUAUUGGAUUGUGUGACAUGUGUCUAGAGUAGCAGUUUGGAGUUAAUUGUUGUAUGCGCAGUAGGGGUUUGUGUAAAUUACACAGAUAUACCACACUAUGUGGAACGUCGGCCGGCAUCUUGUCGACCUCGGAUUGAUUCUCGUCUUUCUGGGACUCGUACAACACAGUUCGGCUGCGGAACCUAUCCACGUGAGACUGCAGGGCGGUGAUGGAACAACAACAGGUCGUGUUGAAGUGUCUCGCAAUGGCACUGACUGGGGUACUGUUUGUGAUGACCUAUGGUCCGACCAAGAUGCACAGGUUGUGUGUCGACAGCUUGGACACCAGUGGGGAACAUCACAUUCCAACUCCCCGUUUGGAGAGGGCACAGGUGCCAUCUAUCUUGACAACGUACAGUGUACAGGAUCAGAGCGAUCACUAGCUGACUGUCAACACAAUGGCUGGGGUGUUAACAAUUGUCGACAUUAUGAAGAUGCUGGUGUCUCCUGUUACGACAAAUCAGUGAGGUUACAGUCACGAGGCCGAACUGAUGUUGGAACCGUUGAAGUACGCCUGGAUGAUGGCUGGGUACAGGUGUGUGACGAUGAGUGGGGUUAUUCGGAUGCCAAAGUUGUGUGUAGACAGCUUGGCUACAAAGAUGCCAUGUACCUCCGUGGCUCCAAGCUGGGAAAAAUGUCCACAGACUCAUUAGCAAACAAAGCUUUAACUCGCUUUAAAUGUCGCGGUUCAGAGAAAGAGUUACUCAACUGUACACAUGCUCCAAUCACGACAAAAUGCAACACCAUGAACAGAGCAGCGGCCAUUUGUUAUAAUAAAUCCAAAAGUGAUGUUGAUAUGUCUUUUAGUGUAGAUCUGUUGAAUGGAUCUAGACACUGGGGAGAGGUGAACGUCCGCAAGCAUGGUGUUUGGGGUCAAGUUUGUUCCACAGGGACAGAAUGGAAUGACCUUGCUGCAAGGGUUGUUUGUCGAGAGCGAGGAUUUGUGGAUGGGAAAGCUUAUGGGACUGUAAAUGAAACUCUCCGUCCUAUUUGGAUAACACAGCUGAACUGUAGUGGGAAAGAAUCCAGUCUGGAGUCUUGUGUGGGCGAGUCGGACUCCUGGGGUCGGCCGAUGCAUUCAUGUCGCGCAGCAUACGCCCUCUGUUUUAACAAAAGUGUGUCUGUCAGUUUGGCGGGAGGUGGAAGUUAUUUUGGACGUGUACAAAUUACAUAUGAUGGUGUUACGGGAACUGUGUGCGAUAAAUCAUGGUCAUCCAGUGAUGCCAGAGUGUUGUGUAAAUCUAUGAAAUUUGCGGAUGGAGAACCGAUAUCUGACUCCUACUACGGUAAAGGCACAGGUCCAAUCAUGAUGAGUGGAUUGGGAUGUUACGGACAGGAGAAGUCUAUACUUCAGUGUAGGAAUCACGGCUGGAAAGUAUACAACAACAGUGACUGUUCCGACCAUUCUCGUGAUGCCUCCGUCAUCUGUUAUAAAAAUGUGAGGUUGUCGCGGGGAGAUCAUUCCUACGGAGUUGUGAAGGUCAUGGAUCAGUUCUGGUCAGUAUUAUGUGGAGAGGGGUUCGACAACAAGGAUGCAAUGGUCAUCUGUACACAAUUAGGAUUUCUAAGUGGGCGAGCCCUUCCACCGGGCUCGUUUGGUACUUUUUACGGCCGCUAUACCUGGCCAAACCUGAACUGUACAGGAAAUGAAACAAAGAUAGAGGAUUGUGGAUAUGACCGGUUCCGAGGAUGUCAGAGGGAUAACUACCUAGGAUACGCUGCUGUAUCGUGUUAUAAUGGUUCUCUAAGUGUCUCUAGUGAGAUGCGGCUAGAGAACAGUUCUGGGAGCUCACCGUCACAAUCAGGUCGUGUUGGUAUCAAACAGUAUGGCAUCUGGGGACGUAUCUGUCCUACCUCCUGGGAUGACAAGGAUGCUGAUGUUGUCUGCCGUUCACUCAAGUUCAGGGGUGGUGUGGCAUUCCAAGAGACACCCUCAGGUAGUGGACCUUUCUUCAUGGGACAAGUCAACUGCAUAGGCAACGAAUCAUCUUUGUUCAACUGUUCCAUUGGCGGGGACGAAUGUGACUCUCAGUACUCCGGGGCCGCUGGUGUCCUGUGUUACAAGAACACGCCUCCUAAGUUACACUUGGUUGGGGGACUUGACAACUUCGGUCGGUUGGAGAUUGUGAUGGACGAUCAACGUGGGUCUAUCUGUGACAUUGGGUGGUCCCGUUAUGAUGCCACAGUGGCCUGCAAGCAACUAGGAUUCCGAGAUGGUGAAUACAGGAGAGGUUUAGCAGGACCACCAAUGCCAAAGUUCCUGACAUCUAUGAAUUGUUUUGGUGCGGAGAAGAGUAUAUUCAUGUGUAAGAAUCCAGGCUGGAAGAGAGGAAUAGAAUCACGAUGUAAUAAUCCAAACCACAAUGCUGGUGUCUUCUGUUACAAUAAUGUGAGAAUCAGUAACGGUGAGAGCCAGGACCAUGCUACAACUGGACGGGUUGAAAUGUACAACGAUGGUAAAUGGAUCACAGUGUGCGCGGACCAGUUUGGCAAGAGUGAUGCCAAGGUUGUGUGUAAAGAGCUUGGCUUUCCCUACAGCAAACCACUGAUGCCCGGUGCUUUUGGCUCCAAGUAUUAUCUAGACUCCAUCCUCCAGCUCAACUGUACAGGAGAUGAACAGACCAUUUCUAAGUGUCAGUUCACAGAAGGCACAUGUCCGAAGAGAUCCUAUAACUAUGCCAGUGUCCUGUGUUCUAAAAACCCUGUCGAAAAUAAUGAUGUUAAGAUUAUCCCAGCUGGUGACUUCCCUGCAACGGUUUUAGUAGAAAAGCAUGGUAUAAACGGCACCAUCUGUGCUGACGGUUGGACAGAGACGGACGCCAUGGUGGUUUGUCGACAGAUGGGUUAUCGGGGUGGGGCAAUGUUUGGAUCACGAUACUACAGCUCACGGACACCUAUAUGGAUGUCCAAUGUCAACUGUCUUGGCAAUGAAACCAACAUCAACCAAUGUCCCUACAAUGAGACUGCUGCUCAAAAAUCCUGUCGAUCCAACCGUCUGGCAGCUCGAGUGUUUUGUUACAGAAACUCUGGAUUUCAGCUACGUCUGGCAGGUUCUGAUAACCAGUACAGCGGGCGUGUAGAGAUGGCCUACAAUGGCGAAUGGGGUACAAUCUGUGACUCAUUCUGGAACAACGAUAAUGCCAAGGUAGUUUGUCGACAAUUUGGUUUUGUGGACGGUGUGGCUCUAUCAUCUGGGACAUUUCCCCCGGGGACGGGGCCGUCGUGGCUGUACUAUGUCCACUGUACUGGGGAUGAGAAGGCAGUCUGGGGGUGUGGCAGUACAGGGUGGAACGUCACACACACAUCGUGUCGAACUCACAGAUAUGAUGCCAGUGUCUACUGUACAGGAAAAGUGAGAUUGGAGCCAAACAUCACAUUUGGUGCUGUAGAGGUGUGGCAGGAUAACGAGUAUGUGUUGGUGUGCGCCGACGACUUCGACGAUGUUGAUGCCCAGGUUGCCUGUCGAAUGCUUGGCUAUCAAAACGGUAUCAGUAUCUGCUGUUCUGUGUUUGGGAACAUGAGCAAAUACAAGAUUGCCAUCAACAAUGUCCAGUGUAACGGGCAAGAGGCGUCCAUCAUGCAAUGUAAAUACAGCUAUCGUUUGGACGUGUGUCCCAGCGGCAAAUACGCUUCAGUUGCCUGCUCCAACACCGCGUCAAGUGGAGAAUAUGACCUGCGUCUGACUGAAGGAGUUAUGGGGGCAGUAGAGGUUCGCCAUCUGGAUGUUUGGGGAACAAUAUGCCCAGAAGGGUUUGACGACCGUGAUGCGAAGGUUUUGUGUCGGGAAAUGAACUAUCGGGAUGGAUUUUCCUACUACAGACAUGAGUUUAAUUCUGGACCCAGGAAGAGCCUUCCUUGGCUGUCCAAUCUGAAUUGCUCCAGUUCAGAGGGAUAUCUCGCUCGGUGUGGAAAUCUACGCUGGGGAGAUGUACGCAAUUGUUCCCUCAACACCAAAGCUGCUGUGUACUGUACCUCUGACUCAAAUGUACCUAUUCGCCUUGUGAACGGAUCUAACAGUUUAUCUGGCCGUGUAGAGAUUUCCAUCAAUGGAGAAUGGGGUUCUGUUUGCGGAGCUUCCUAUUGGGAUGACAAGGAUGCCUCCGUCCUCUGUCGCAUGUUGAACCACUCUAGUGGCCGAGCCCUUAACUACGGUCACUACGGCAGUGGCUCCGGGCCAAUCUGGAUCGGCCACAUGAGGUGUAAAGGAGAUGAAGACUCAAUAUUCCAUUGUCCUAUGAAUUUUAAUAGUCGUUAUACUCGGGGAGAAAAUUCAGAUCCUUUUUAUCGACGGUCGCUUGUCAGUCGAUCUCUAGUCAUCAGACAAUUUGGCUGUACAACACAUCAUACAGAUGCAGGCGUCCAGUGUUACGAUACAGUUCGACUUGUGGAUUCCAACGAUGUUUUCUACGGACGACUGGAACUCUACGCUAACAAAUCUUUCCGCAGUGUCUGUGAUGACGGCUUCACAGAUGUGUCGGCCACCAUUGUUUGCCGACAGUUGGGAUACAAAUUUGGUCGUAAGCAGUGCUGUUCAGCUCUAGGUCAAAUCGCCUCCUCAAACAUAACAAUCAGCAACGUCCGUUGUAUGGGUCAUGAGACUAAACUGGACAACUGUAACUACAAUAUAACAGAAUGUCCAUCCAAGAAUUAUGUGUCUAUAUACUGCUCGGCGAAGGCCAUACUCCCAGCAACAGCUAUGCAGAUUAGGAUUGAUGGUAAUAAAUACUAUGGUUCACUGGAAGCAAACUUAUACGGAUUCUGGGGGCCGAUUUGUCGUAAAGACUGGGACGACAAGGAUGCUAAUGUCACAUGUGCCCAACUUGGAUUUUCUGGGGGCAUGUCUUACCGCGGCACCACCAUCCUGAAGACCCCAGUGGCGGUAGGACGUUUUGACUGCGUGGGAAAUGAGAAAAGACUUGACCACUGCCAGUACAAGCUCCUUGGUGAUGAUUUAGGUUGCUCGUCUAAAAUUGUAUUCUACAGAGAAACUGCUGGUGUUUUAUGCUACAGUAACAAAGAGGGUGUGUCCUUCCGUAUCAAGGGUAAGAAAAACCGUGGCUCAGUGAUGGUGAAAUACAAUGGUGAGUGGGGGCGUGUCUGUGGGCGGGGCUGGAGUGACAACGAUGCUUCCGUCUUCUGUAAACAAAUGAAAUUUGUUGAUGGGAAGGUUGGAAAGAGCAAGACUGAGAAAGGAGAGGGGCAUGUAUGGAUGGAUUACGUGAGCUGUACUGGAAAUGAAAAGUCUUUGCUGGAGUGUAAAGUAAACUGGGACCCUGACUAUGCUUCAUGUUAUGAUGCCACAGUCCUGUGUACAGAUUCUGUGCGGUUGGAGAAAGGGGAUAUGAUCAGUCAUGGCAUUGUACAAGUCUACAUGGAUAAGAUAGACAAAUGGGGCGUUGUUUGUAAUCAUGAUUGGGACCGGCCAGCAAACCUUCGAGUGACUUGCCAACAAUUGGGAUUUGAGAAUGGACUGUCUAUCUGCUGUGGAGCCUAUGGCUACCUUUACUCACAGAGUCUGGCUGAGAGAAUCCAGUGUUAUGGAAAUGAAACAAAACUCCAGGAUUGUAAAUCCGACAAUCCAUACGGAUCCUGUUCAGUAGACUAUGCUGCUGUGGCCUGUUAUAAUGGGUCUUUAUCCUCCAAUUACAGUCUCGGUAUUCAAGGUUCUAGUAAAGCAAGGUCUAGUAAUUCAGGUUCAGUGGAGCUGAAGUUCCUCAACAUCAGUGGUCGUAUCUGUGCUGAUGACUGGGACGACAACGACGCCACUGUAGUCUGUAGAGAACUGGGAUACAGCAAAGGGAUUGCCUACCAACACAAGGUGCUGUUUGGGAAGGGAAAUCCCAUCUGGGCUUCCUCUGUUAACUGUAAUGGAUCGGAGUACUUCCUCAAAGACUGUGCUAACUUCACCCUCGGCCAGGUCAAACAGUGCAACUCAAGGAAAGAAGCAGGAAUUCUCUGCUACUCAAACCGAGGUGUUAAUUUCCGUAUCAAUGGUUCAAGGGCUGCAGGCCGUAUAGAGAUCUCUGUUGAUGGAGUAUGGGGGACGAUGUGCGACCGUUACUGGGACAAAGCGGAUGCCACAGCAUUCUGUCGCUAUUUUGGAUUUGCUGCUGGAUUUCCAUAUAAUACUGACAAGUAUCGUAUAACAACAGGGAGGGUGUACGAACCAGACAUGCACUGUAAUGGGAAUGAGAAAUCACCCCUCGAGUGUGCUCACGAAGGCUGGAAAGUAGCAGAAUCGGGCAGUUGUUGGUCACAUGACAAGGACGCAGUGGUGCACUGUUAUAAUACAGUAAAACUGGACUCCGGCGUUGGUACAGAUGUAAAGGAUGGCCCUGUUCUGUAUUACUACAACAAUACAUGGAACUUCAUCUGUGACAAGGAUUUCACUGAUGUCUCGGCCCGCAAGGUCUGCCAGGAGCUUGGAUUUGUAGAUGGACGUGCAGUCUGCUGUUCAGCCUACAUCACAGGAUAUCAAGAAGUCCUGGUCAACCACUCACUGACCUGUAAUGGAGACGAAAACUCCAUAGAGGACUGUCUGAAACCGUCGUCGUGUGGCCGCUAUGACACGUAUGCCUCUGUCAUUUGUCUGAACCAGACCGACUAUGACAACACAUCUAUCAGGAAUGGAGAUAUCAAAAUCAAAAUUGCUAAGACUGAAAAUGGAGCCGUUCAUCGAGGACAGAUUGCUGUUCAUCAGUACGGGAAAGAGGGUCGCAUUAUGGCCUCUCUCUGGGAUGAUAAAGAGGCUCGAGUUUUCUGUCGCUCAGCUGGCUUCAAAUAUGGAUUUGCUCACCCAUAUGCUAAAAGUCGUUUUGAAACAGUAUCACCUUUCUUCCUAAGUAGCUUUAACUGUACGGGCAAUGAAAAGUCCCUGUUAGAUUGCCCGUAUAAAAGUCGUCAUUCCAUGUCUAACGGGACGAAGGAGCAUAUGGCUGCAGUUGUCUGUUACAAUGAUAGUGGUAUAAAGUACCGAAUCACUGGACCAAAGCCAGGACAAGGCCGUGUAGAGAUGGCAUUCAAUGGCUUAUGGGGCACUGUGUGUGAUGCAUCAUGGGACAACCGCGAGGCUGCAGUAUUCUGCCGUGCAAUGAAUUUCUCAGAUGGGUAUGCGGUUGGUAAUGCAUAUUAUGGGAUGGGAGAAGGACCUAUCUGGAUCAGCCACCUACGGUGUGACGGUACCGAGGAAAAUCUACAUACCUGCCCACACCAGGGCUUCAGUGAGGAUGUUGUCACUUCUACAUCUGAUUGGAAAACUUGCAGCUCACACAAAGAUGAUGCAUCAGUAUUCUGUGUAGAUAAAAUUCGUUUGAAUCUAGGAGCCAAUGCUACUAUGGGAGCAGUACAGAUAUACAGAGAUAAGAAAUGGCUCCAUAUUUGUGACGACACAUUUGACAAUGAUGAUGCCCAGGUUGUGUGUAGGACAUUAGGAUAUCGGGACGGAGUCUCUGUACCUGGAUCAUCAUUCGGAAAUGUGUCUGAUCCCAUCGGAAUCUCCAAUGUUAACUGUGGGGGCCGUGAAGGAAGUUUCUUUGACUGUAGUUUCAUUCCAACCAAGCGCUGUCAGAAGAAAACUUAUGCAUCUGUUUACUGUAGCAACCAGUCCAUUGUUAACACAGAUUUUGAAGUGAAGAUAGCCUCUGACCAUGAUCACAGUAUUCAACAUGGAGAAAUUUUGGUUAAACUGAAAGGAAUUUGGGGCAGUGUAUGUCUGAAAGACUUCGACGAAAGGGAGGCAACCAUGGUUUGUAAAAAACUAGGCUACAAAGGCGGCCAACCUUACCUUGCCAAAGCCAGUAAAACAAAAUACCCAAUACUUAUGAGUAAACUGAAGUGCAUUGGUAACGAGGCGAGUCUGGACAAAUGUGACUUUUUAAGAGUGGGACAGAAAGAGAGCUGUGACUAUUACAGUAACAAAGCUGGGGUGCUGUGUUACAAAGCAGAGACAGGAAUCCAGUACCGCCUGAAUGGUGGCAAGGACCCAAGUCAAGGACGCGUGGAAAUACAGUACGAGGGGAAUUGGGGCGGUGUAUGUAACUUCCUGUGGGACACACAUGACGCCAACGUCCUGUGUCGUAGUAUGUCAUACCGUAGUGGCAUAGAAGUGGCUGGUGGUCGCUACGGCCGCAGCGAAGGACCAGUCUGGUUUACACGAGUGUCUUGUACUGGCAAAGAGGACAGUCUCUUCACUUGCAGUCAUUCUGGAUUCAACGUCUCUGGAAAGACAGAGAGCACAUACGAACGACUCUGUCGGCGUAGAGCACACGACGCAGCUGCUCAGUGCUACAACAAGGAUAUAGAUGUGACGGGGAUACGACUGGCUGAUGGAGGGGAUAAUUAUGGACGUGUUGAAGUAUACCUUACUGGACCUGAACAGUGGGGCACAGUGUGUGACGAUUACUUUGAUGAUAAAGAUGCCACUGUCAUAUGUCGUCAACUUGGAUUUGCCCAAGGAUAUGCCAAGAAAAUGGCAAACUUUGGUCGUGGUGAUGGACCCAUUUGGAUGGACAACCUUGGUUGUUUUGGAAAUGAAACUAAAAUCACAGACUGCAAACAUAAUGGAUUUAAUGUUGAGAACUGUAAUCAUGCAGAGGAUGCUAGUGUUAUUUGUAACGGUUCUGUGACGAGUAAGCCACUUGUUUCCGUACUCUCCUCGGACGAGAACCUGGCUUUAGCCAUAACAAUACCUGUCAUUGUCUUACUCCUUCUGUUUGUGGCGGGCCUGGGCUUCUUCUUCUAUAGACAAGUCCAGCCUCGCGGGGAAAUCAAGAAAGUUCUUGUAGACAAUGAAACAAUGGAGCCUGGAUCGCAGGCAGCAGCAAGUUCAUCAGCAUCAGCAUCGGGGGAAGGACAGGUGACAUUUUCAAAACUAAAAGCCCGUUUUACAAAAGCUAAGCCAUCAAUACAAAAUGGCAGUAAGGAGGCUAGUGCAACCCCUGUCAAGGGUAUGAGUAAUCCAAACUAUGACAAUAUGCCAGAUUAUGCCAACAUGGGUGACAUUUCUAUAGAGCACCAAGGAGGUGGGGAGUCGGUGAUGUAGGCCCAACAACAACAUAUAUAUUACAUAUCCUUAGCCCGCCAUGUCCAGCAGAUACCUCGGUCCGUGAUAGUCAGUGGUCACUGAAACAGCCAUUGAUCAAGGUUCCUGCAAAGGUCACCGUUCAAAGGGUCUACGACUGUAGGCCCAGUCCAAAGCUGCCUUUAUAUUACCAACAAGCUAUGCUUGCUGUGCUUGUUCAAUUACAUUAAUUUGAAGGAGUAAUGAGAAGUAUAUUAUAUUUUUAUAUCUUGAAAGAAAACUUUAUUUUUCAUCAAUUUGAUAGAUAACUAUUCAGUGUAUAUUAAAGUGUCAGUUUAUAAGGCUGCAAUAUGUGUCAAUGCUGUGAAAGUUGAAUCAUUUAUUGUAUGGAUCAUUAUAGCAGUAACAACUACUGAUAGAUGCUCUGUGACAUGACUCACCUGUCCAUUAAGAUAUAAUACCUGUAGUCGCUUCGAAGGAUUUAGGGUUACUAUGUUGGAGUUUUGAUGGGGCUAUAGUAAUGUUAUUUGGUCAGGAUUUGGAAGGUUUGAAGGGCCAUCAUUCUGUUCAAAUGAAAUAUCUUAUCCCACAAUUCUACAAAUCCCUACAUUCCAUUUUCAGAAGAAUAAUAGACAGGUAUGGGCCUUCUUUUGAAGAACUUACAAUAUUGAACGUGUCCAGUCUUGGAAUGCUUCAUAAAAUGAGGAUCCAAGAUUUCAUACAAAUUGUGCUACUAAUUCUUUUACACAUACUCCUCCUCCUUCCAACCAAUGACUUGGGGGAGGGAAUGAUAAUUCUGUUCAUGUAUAGAUUACACAGUGUGAAAGGUUUAAAUGUUCAAUAUUUUCAACAUGCUUGAUUUCUAUUUUCACACAGGUGUUGAUAGUUAUGUGGUAUAUAACUUGGAGUGAAAGAUGAAUGAUGAACGAUUAUGAAUGAAUUUCUGUCAUUAGGAUUAAAUGUACAUAAAUUGUGGUAAAAAAAUAUAAAGAGCUUUUUAUACUAUACUUCUGUGAUAUUGUUGGAAGUUCAGGUUUUAAUCCAACCAUAGAGUAGAAUGGCUCCAUACAUUUCCAUUCUGUUUAAUUACUUUAUUGCAGCAUUGGUUAUUGUUUCUGAAUAUUCCGUUCACUUUUUUCCUGGUAACUAACAAAAGACCAUUUCUUCUUUUUUUAUAAAAAAAAAUAUAUGUUCAUGUAAUAAUACUUGCAAGAAAUGUUCUCAGCUUGAAUCAUUUAUGUGCCUACAAAAUGUGAUGGUGUAGUAAAGCUGGUGCUUACCCUAAUACUGUGAUCAGUAGCUUUGAUUCAGUUAUCAGGCCUCGGACUUGCAGAGAUCCAAGAAAUUUCCAAGCUUAACAUGAAAUUAUUCUGUUCACACCAAAACUAACUUUGCAUUUAUGUAUAAUUUGUGAUAUUUUCUGCAGAUUAAAUUUUUUUUGAGUUGCACACAGUGAAUUUCAAUAUCAGCCAUGAAAGGUCAGUUUUCCUAAAUAAGUAUAUUGUAUAUGCCAAACUAUGCACCACUGAUAUUUACCUCUGCAGUGAGAACACUGGUAUGUUUAUUACACUAAGUGUUACACCGUAAAUACCCAGUGUUAGUGUAUACAAGUCAGUGAAUUUACAAGUCAAGACAAUUGCAAAUUGACCAACACAUCUGAACAAAUAUAGCAGAGUUGUAAUUGUUCAUUUUAGAAUGCUGAUGAAAAGUUAGCUUUUGCUUUAGUUGCAGGUACAGAAUACAACGCUAUAUAUAAACUUUUUGAGUUAGGCCUUCCAAAAUGAUUGUUAAUAGCUUAAAUGUAUUUAACAAUUUUAAGGAAGUUGAUAUAGAAUUACUAUGAUCUUUGACAUAUCAAGUUAGACAGAAUGUGUAAACUAAUGUCUAUUAUAACAUUUAGAUUCUGCAGCUAGAUGUGAGUUUAGAAAAUGACUAAUGCUUUGAUAAUGCAUGGAAUGUCCAAAAUAUUAUCCUGUCUCUUGAGUAAUUGGUUAGCUGCUAAAUUCAAUACUCUGUGUUGAUAUAACAUUUGAUGCACUUACUGUUAUGUCUCUUUUGCUUUACAGUUUACAAUAAAUUUCAAUUCAAAUUUGUUAUUUUUGAUUAAUUUCAAAACUGAAUUUUUGCAAUUAAAUUGAUUUUUCUUUAUUCAAAAACAAGUUAGUAGGUCAAUGAACUAAAGAUAUGAAAGGCAUAAAAUAGUAGUUACAUGAAAUGGAGACAUCCAGACUUGCUUAUGGGAGAUGAAAUAAAGGAGGUGUCAAAAGAUACUUUUGUGGGGGCAAAGCUCAUAGACAAUUUAUGCAUUCUUUUAACAUGCACUUGACACAACGAAACAUUCCUUCAUUAAAUGUGUAUGUUUUAUAUCAUAAUAAAUACUUGAAUACAUUUCCAAAUGUU